AUGUCAGAGGAACAGAACAGACCCAAAUACGCAUUUGUAACAGGAGCAUCUUCAGGAAUUGGGUAUGCAAUUUCCAUUGAGUUGGCUGAAAGAGGCUUUACUGUCUUCGCAGGUGCUCGUGGAGUAUCCAAGAUGCAAUCGUUAAAGAAAUAUGGGAUUAUUCCUCUCCAACUGGACGUUGGAUCCGUGGAAAGUGUUAAACAAUGCAGAGAUUUUAUUGCAAGUCAAACCAGUGGAUAUCUAGAUUUGUUGUACAACAACGCAGGUGUUGCACCGACGGCUCCAGCUAUAGAAAUUUCUGAGGAAGCUUUACUGCAAUCCAUUAACGUGAAUUUUGUUGGUGUCGUCCGUACAUGCAGGGAAUUUAGCUCGUUGGUGAUUAAGGCAAAGGGUACUAUUGCGUUUACCAGUUCAACAGCAGGAGUAUUGACAAUUCCCUUCUUUGCCAUCUAUGGUGCCACCAAAGCAGCCGUUGAUCGAUAUGCAGAUGGACUCGAGACUGAAAUGAGGCCAUUCGGUGUUACCGUGGUAAACGUUGUCACUGGUGGCGUAGAAACUGGAAUUGAGCCGAUUACAAAUCCAUUAGGUCCAGAAUCCCGUUACUAUCUCCCCGAAACCCUGAAAUUCUUGAAAUCGUUCAUAGGAGACGAAAAAGGAAAUACCUUAAUGGAUGUUGCUACUUACGCAAAAAGGACCGUUGAACAAGUCUUGAAUCGUCCUCGGUUCAGCAGAACUUGGAAGGUUUACGAAGGAUAUGCGGCCGUCCCUGCUUAUUAUAUUACCACUUUCUUGCCAGACUCUUUGUACAAGUUUUUGAUCGAUCAGGCUUUCGGAUUUCGAAAGAUCAGCAAUGCUAUCGUGGCGAGAUCGAAAAAACCUGCCACAGACUGA